AUGUUAAACGAACCACACUGGACACGGUACAGACAGAACGGUCACACUUCUGAAAUGAACUGGACUUUGGGGGUCAUUCACGCUCAAGCACGGAUCAGAUCUAGUAUGUCCCAGCAUCACUCCCGUGUGAAGUUUCAUCAUGUGAUCGGGAAGGCGGCGGUGAAGGGGCGGUGCUACCACAGCCUGUCAAUCACAGGCAGCGUCCAGGACAACCAGUUCUGUGCCGUCAAUCCACGCUUCAUCGCCGUGGUGACCGAAUGUACAGGAGGCGGAGCCUUCAUUGUCAUUUCCGUCCGACAUAUGGGCCGUGUGAGUCCUCUGCAGGCACGGGUCUGCGGUCACAGUGCUCCGGUGCUGGACGUCAAGUGGGACCCGUUUAACGACCUGCGAAUUGCAUCCUGUUCGGAGGACUGUACGGUGAAGGUGUGGGACAUUCCUCCGAAUGGACUGAAGGACAAUCUGACGGCGCCCAGUAAAGAUCUGAGCACUCACAGCCGCAGAGUGUCAAUCAUCGAGUGGCAUCCAACCGCCAGAGACCUGCUGCUGAGCUCCGCCUACGACUGCAGCGUGCUGGUGUGGCGUCUGGACUCAGCCGAGACACCGGUGUGUGUGAUAAACACACACUCCGAGCUGGUGCUGUGUUUGAGUUUUAACGCGGAUGGAAGUCUGUUGGCCACGGCCUGCAAAGACAAGAAGAUCCGAAUCAUCGAGCCGCGGACUGGAAGAGUCCUGCAGGAGUCUCUCUGUCACUCUCAUAAAGUGUCCAGGAUCCUGUUCCUGUGGGAUCUGAAGAUGUUGCUGUCCACAGGAAGCUCCUGCUGGAACCAGAGACAGUUUGUCCUGUGGGAUGCGGAAGAUCUGUCUGAGCCGUUACUGGAGGAGGAUCUGGAUGGAGGUUCUGGAGUCAUUUUCCCGUUUUAUGAUGCUGACACACACAUGCUGUAUCUGGCUGGGAAGGGCGAUGGCAACAUUCGCUAUUACGCGGUCAGUGCGGUGAAACCCUACGUUCAGUUCCUGUCUGAAUAUCGCUCGGCGUGUCCUCAGAGAGGCUUGGGUGUGAUGCCCAAGCGCGGCCUGAACACCAGCGCCUGCGAGAUCUUCCGAUUCUACCGUCUACUGGCUGUCAGAGACCUGCUGGAGCCGCUGAGCUUCUGUGUGCCGCGCAGGUCUGAGGGUUUUCAUGAGGAUAUUUAUCCCAUGACCGCAGCCAAUGAGCCGGCCAUGACCGCAGACGAGUGGCUGAUGGGACAGAAUAAAGGGCCGCUGCUGAUGUCUCUGAGACCUGCAGCCGAAGUGCUUGACACCUGCCUGAGUGAACCAGAGACGCCAGCCAAUCAGAACGCAGAACGGCCUCCUGACAUCAUCGCUGACCUGCAGGACUGGACGGAGGACGACACGCAAAGCCACAACUGGACCUCGUCACGCUUCAGCCUGAACCGCAGCGAAGCCCGCGUGCCGGAGACGGAGGUCAGGGGUCAGAGGUCAAAGGUCGUGACGUUCUGCGUGUGACCCCUGCAGGAGCAGCUGAGGCAGAGAGAUGGACCUUUCUCACAUUUGCGUGUUUCUCAGCAGCGGAAGUUGUCAUAGUUGGGUUCACUUGAAGAGCAGUGAAUGGGAGAGUACCAUAAAUAUAUUUUUUGCAUUCCCAUUUGCUCAAAUAGCAAAACAAAAAUUCCACGAUAGUGUUUUCAUGACUUUCAAGAAAAGGAAAAUAACUGAGAGAGACUGAUAACGGCAGUCAGAAGAGAGAGCGAUGUAAACCUCCCACAGACGCUGCAUUAGAAACACGUUAACUCAAUUUUACAUUUGAUGCAAAGCUGAUAUAAUGCAAAGUAUAUAGUGUUGUUUUAAAAAAUCUAAAUAUAAAAAACUUUCAAGGAUUUCCUACAUCGUCACAGGGGAGAACGCUGUGACUGUCCUAGUGAAAAAUAAAUAUACUAAAAUAUAUUUGAAAUACAUUUAAUUCAUGCUAAGUAUACUACAAAUACAUUUACAUAUUUACGUACUCAAUAAAAAUGUCCCGCAUUUGUACUCCUGCUAUACUAAACCGGUACACUUAAAGUCUGCUGAAUUGGAAAAACGAAUGCACUUUAAUUGUGCGGAAGUAGUGCUGAGGUCCAACUAAAGAUAUACUGAAGUAUAGCUGAUUGCGCUAAAGUGGAAGUAUUGCAAGUAUACUUCAAUUAUUAUUCAAAAAUCAUACAAUCCUCAUCAAUAGUGUCAUCUAAACACAUUUUAGUUUUAAUAUUAAGAAAUGUGCAUUGUGCACAAGUAGUACUCUUAAUAAAGUUGAAUUAUAAUUUUUAUAUCAGUACAUCUUGAGCGAUAUGUCAGUAAAUACGUUAAUAGAGUUGAACUAUGCUUAGUAUGAAAUAAAUGUAUUUUAAAUAUAUUACUUUUUUACGAGGGUGUGAACUGCGUGUGUGUGAAGAUGAUUCAUGCGGAUUCAUACAGUUCUGUGGCUUUUGUGUUCAUACAGGUUUUGAGAUAUUUAUUUUUGUGCUGAAUUACUCCUCGUUCAGGAUGAUAAUUAUACAGUAAGCACACAGUUUUAAUAAUGGCUCUAACUCCAUGAGAACAGCGAGGUCUGUCUUCUGUGACAAUUAAAAAAAUUACGCAGAGAUUCCUGAAGGGCAAAAUGUGUUUGUCUAAAAAUGACCAAAAAAUAUUAUUCUUUCAUUUUCAGGAUUUUAACCCUUUAAAUGCCAGUUUACAGAACUCUCACACACACACACACACACACACACAAAUCAAUCAAGCAGAACUGAUUUUGGAUUAUUACAGUCUUGGAUCUGUAAAUGAUCAGCAGCAUUAUUUUUAUUUAUUUAUUUUUUUUUGUUUGUUUUUUUUGCGCAGUGUCACAGAAUUAACAAAGAAUGCAUGAUUUGACACUUAAAUGGCUCUGGGAUGAUUAAAUAUUGCUGUUUUAAUGUGUGUCACUGGGACAUUUUUGUCCUGAAGGUCCCGAGUGUCUAUUUAGUUUUUUACCUCAUGUAAAAUAGAUUUAUCAAAGGAAAUGAAGGUGAAAUAUUAAAAUUCCAAUAAAAAUACACAUUUUUGGAAAAAAUUAUGCUGAUGUUUGCAUUAAAUAAAAGAGAAAAAUGUCCCUAAGGACGCACAAGAGUUAAACAGAAAUAAGCAAGCACCCUUAAUAUUUGAAAAAGUUUAUUAAAAGACUCACGGUCCGUAACACUAAACAGUCACUAACAGACACUCCUGAUUGGUCCAUGAUCAUGAUUACAGUACAGCGAUUCUGUCCUACAUCUACUGCUCCGCAUCAGUGUUAUUGCUCGUUCACAAACACAAAACAGAUUCAUGCGCUUUAAACGACGAAAGGCUUUUCUCCUGACAGCUGAAGAUCUGAGGACUGCUGCCAAUCACGACACAAGCAAGUCAAACCGAUGAACUCGUCACUGAUUGGUCGAUUGUAUGUCGCAGAAUUUAUUUGAACUGGCUGGUUUCUACAGCUUCUGAUUGAUUGAUUGAUUGAUUGAUUGAUUGUAAACUCGCAGAGAUUUCGAUUGCCGUCUCACAGUGUCACAUCAAAAGAAGACAGAAAAUAGAAUUGCAAUAGAAUUUCUCUGAACAUGCUAACUGUUCUGUCCAGCAAUACAUAAGCUCUUAGUUGUGUGGAAGACUAGCGGAGGACCAGAGCCGUCAGCUGCAGUGCAUUCUGGGUAGUGUCUUUGAUAUGACCUCUCCUGCUGUUUGGUUUAAAGGUGGCAGUGCCAAUCAAAGCUUGACCUUUGACCUUGAUACCCUGAGGAGGACUGUAAACUCUGCUGAAGCGACCGCAGACUCUUCACCAUUAUCAUCAGAUUAGCUCCCUGUAGGGGUUUCCCAUGAGCCUUUGCAGUGUCAGACAGAUUCUGAGGAAAUCUGUACUGUUCUGGGAACUUCCUGUUGCUUUUUAAAGCGUCUCAGGGUUUGUCACAGUAUCAGACGGUGUGUGUGUGUGUGUGUGGUUUCUCGUUAGCGUUCAGUGAAGUUCAUUUUCACAGCUGCCCACAGUUUCUUUCCUGUGGUGAUGUAUUUCCUAUUGAAACAGGAAGUUGGGACACAUCAAAGCGCUCGUCCUGCUGAAGGUCAUGUGACUCUCAAAUGGAAGAUCUUGUGUUUGACCUCGCUAACAGCUAGCGUGUGUUCAUUCACGAGUGCAGAGAAAACAACUUUCACCCCAAAAUCAAAACAAUCAGAUUUAGCAUGAACAAAAGGAUUUUGUGCACAUUUGAACAUCUAAAACUCUAACUACUGUAUAAAUACUACAAAAAUAAAAAUACAAAACAGUAUAAAAAAUACUACUGUGGCGUAUAAAUACUAUCUAUCAUUGUUUUUGUCAUGCUACUGUAAUGAGAAUUUGGACUAGUUGUGUUUUAGGACAGUAAUAAUGCCACAAUGCAAAACAUUUAAUAAUGUUUUUACAGAAAACAUAAUGUCUGUGUUGCUUGUGAUUGUGGGGUGGAAUAUGAAUACAGUUGGUCAUAAGUUUACACACCCCCUGUACUGAAUCGGAUGGAUCGUAGAAAAGUCAUGUUUUAUUUAGUGCUGCCCUGAAUAAUCGAUUUCACACAACACCCUGCUGAAAAGAACAAUAGACACCAUCACAAAACUAGUAAUGGUUUCACUGGAUCUAAUGGGGCUUGUGUUGGUUUACUGGAGACUGUAACGGAGCCUGUGGGUCUCUGCUGGGAAUUGGUCUCCUUCUAUUAAAACCAAUAAAUCCUAAUGGAAUAUGUCCCAAAACACACUACAGAAAACCAUUUUUUAACGGUUUUAAUGGUUAAAAGUUGAUGGUUUGUAAUGGUAUUUGUAGUGGAAACCAUUUAAAUUUUCUGUGAUGGUUUUAUUGGGGGGUUUUUUUCAGUAGAUAUUAAAUGACGGGGGGGGGGGAUAAUAACUGAAUUGACACAAAUGACCCUGUUUGCAAGUUUAUAUGCUUGAUUCUUAAUACUGUGCCGUUACGAUGAUGAUCGGUGACUGUACUGUUUUGUGAAAGUUCAAAAGUUUUCACCCCCCGCUCUUAAUGCAUCGGGCAUCCUUCUGGAGCAUCAGUGAAUGUUUGCAGCUUUAUAAUAGUUGUGCUUUAGUCCCUCUUUCAUUCUCAGAAAUCAUACAGUCACUGCUGGGAAGAGCUCAAAUGUGCAGAAGAACUGAAGAACAGCGGACAGCUGAACUGAUCAGAGCAAGAGACUCACUGAACAUACAAACCAGUGUUAAUAUUCAAGGCUAUGUAAACUUCUGGGUCUUUUGUGUAAAUAUAGCGCCACCUUUUGGCCAUAUUUGUUUGGCUAUGAGUAAUAUUUGAAGAAUAUGCUACCGUUUGACCCAAAGAAGGGGUAUAACCGUUUUCAACUUGAUCAGUCAUACGGGAAAAAAGACUAUUUUCUUACAAUUUGAGUUUAUAUCUCACAGUUCUGAGAAAAGAAGUCAGAAUUAUGAGAAAAAUAGUCACAUUUGCAAGAAAAAAAGUAAAAAUUAAAAAAAAAAAUUAUUCAGUGGUGGAAACUACCUUCACUGCAAACAAUAUUUUCUUCCUUAGUAUUUUUGUCUUGUUUUCUAGUAUAAAUAUCUAAAAAUUUAUGUUUUGUCU